CUAAUCCUACAACGAGUGAAGUGUUAAAAUGAGAAUUAAAUUUUUCUUGUCAAUUGUGUUAAUAAAUUUUCGCUCAAAUUUUGGUCAAAGUUUAAAUUGUACCUACAGUGGUUCAACAGCAUACACUUGCAGCUUGACGAUUCAAAACCCAAAUGGAUUCAACAAUUUUACAUCAAUUGGUGGGACGCAUUUAACUGGAAAGACUGACAAUGAUGUUCAGUAUAUUUCUAGUUCAGGAUCCACAACUAAUGUUCCGUCAAUUAUUUGUGACACAUUUCCAAACUUACUUAAAAUUGAGUUUGGUUCAAAUGGUAUUCAAAUUAUAGAUGAAAAAGCAUUCAAAAAUUGUACAAAGCUUAAAAAUUUAUGGUUACAAAGUAAUAGAAUAUCUAAAAUUGAUGAAAACGCAUUCGUUGAAAAUGUAGAUCUACUUUUUAUUACGUUUAAUGUUAAUCAAAUAACCGAGGUAGCUGAAAAUUUAUUUAUAAAUCAACAUAAACUUACUGAAUUGCGUUUGUGCUCAAUUCCUUUAUCAGAUUUGCCAAAAAAUAUUUUCAAUUCACUCCAAAAUUUGACUAUAUUGCACUUAGAAAGCAAUAUAUUGAAAGACCUACGAGCUGAAUGGUUUUUACCAUUAACUAGUUUACUUACCAUAUAUUUGAGCAGUAACCUCAUCGAAGAGCUUCCAAAAGACAUUUUCAUACCAAUGAAAAAUUUGAAUACGUUGUAUUUAGGCAACAAUAAGCUUAAAGUAAUACCUUCAGAUCCAUUUAAAGGGGUUUCUAAUCUUAAAACAAUCCAAUUUCAAAAUAAUCAAAUUGAAGCGAUUGAUGAAAUGUUCAUUAAUAACACUGGAGUCCAAAAUUUAAACAUGCUUAACAAUAUAUGUGCAAAUCAAGACAUCGUCGAUACUUCUAUUCCAAGAACAGCAAUGCGAUCAGCGCUACAAAAUUGCUUUAAGAAGUUCAACGAUUUAUAUCCAGACCACAACAAUACUAUAGACUGCACCUUUAUGCAAACUGAAUAUGGCUACACAUGUCGAGCAUCAAUCUACAAUCCAAGUGGAUUCAACGGUUUCACGACAAUCAGAGGAGUGCAUCAUCCAGGCUUUAAUGAUUCGAAUGUAAAAGCUAUAAUCGCAAUGACAACUGUAUCCCCAAACAUCCCUAGGAUAUUCUGCGAUAAAUUAUCAAAUGUUGAGACAAUUUAUUAUAUUCAAUUGAGUAUCAAAAAUGUGGGACCUAAUUCAUUUUGGAGUUGCAGCAAGCUAUUGGACUUGAACAUUUGGGUAAAUCAAAUUCAGGACAUUGAUAAUUCCACCUUCUUUUAUAGUCAACAAUUAAAGAGACUUGACAUGCGACAAAGUAGAAUUUCUAACAUACCUAGAAACCUGCUGUGGCCAUUGACUGAAAUGACGAGUUUAAAUUUAGAGCAAAAUAACCUAACGAUCCUAGAUCCUGACUGGUUUUUGAAGCAAUCGAACUUGACUUACUUGAACCUUCAAUUUAAUAAAAUUGAAGAACUUCCAAAGGAAGUCUUUAAGAACAUGACAGCUUUAGAACAACUUGUGAUGAACUACAAUAGACUCGGAGUUAUUCAUUCUAAUUCUUUUGGAAUUCACUCAAUGCUGACCAACGCAUCUUUUGUGAAUAAUCAAAUUUAUGCCAUCGAUGAGAGAUUUAUAGACAACACUGGGCUUAUUAAUAUUGAUAUGAGAGGAAAUAUCUGUGCAAAUACAAACAUUUUUGACAAUUCACCAAACAGGGACUCGAUGAGAGCAGAAUUGAAAAAUUGCUUUCAGAAAUAUGCGGAUUUGUAUCUGGAAACGACAACUUCAACAACGACACAAUCAACAACCUCAGUUCCACAAUGUAAUGUUGGCGAUUUAGAUGAUCGAGUUUGUUUUCUAGAAUUAGAAAAUCACCGUUUGCAAAAAAGAAUUGAGGCUCUGGAGAGUAAAAUAGAUGAGUUAUAAGAACAGACUUUUAACCAAGAUUCAAGAAGGUUUAAAUUAUAUCAGGAAAAUUAUAAUAUUGUACCACAAAAUUCAAAGAAAAUCAGCUUCUUAUAAGUACAACUCAUAGGUGUUCAUGUCUCUUAAAUUAACAUAAUAAAUUCAAUUUUUUUAGAUGAAAUUUAUUUUUACUAUCUUUUGUAUUGAAGGUAUUGGGGGUCGUUCACAUGUGACAACAGAAAAUAACGGUAAUUUUUAAAAAAA